AUGCCCAUCAAGAUCUGUGGCCCGCUGAUCCAGUUCGGCGCCACCGCCGAGGUCUACCUGGUCAUGCUCUGCCUCCUCGUCUACGCCACGUACAAGUACGUGCUGCUCGUGCACGACAUCCUCCAGUCGUACCCGCUCCUUCCCGACCAAGCUCCUGCGCCCACGACCACGUUGCCAGCCGCGGGUCCGGGCGGCGACGCGCACCCACCCUCGUCGCCGGGCACGGUGAGGGCCAUUGACGACGCCGAACUUGUCGAUCUCAGCGCCGCGAGCGCCGACGACGAGGCCGACGGUGAUAGCGCUUGCCCCAGCUGCGGUCUGGCAGUCUGCGGAACGGAGGCCGAGGACCGCGUCGUGGCCCUCGAGGACGACCACAGGAUGCCGAGCCGCGUCAAACGCCCUCGUCACCCGACCACCUCGCCCGCCUCGCCCAGCGCCCGCUUCGCCCAGCCCGCCGAAGAAGGGGCCAAGAGAGUGGCGCAGCUGUCGGACGAGACCAUCUCGGGCACCGACUCGGCCUGCAUUGUCGAGGACUAG